AUGGCGUACCCAGAACCAAAUCGCAAGGGCUUUUUCAUAUCUCUUGUGUACUCAUCGCUCUCUGUUGGCGGGCUACUCGGUGGAAUCAUUGCCCUCGCUUUCAAUGCCACCGAUGGCCAAGCUGGGUCUAUAACACUUGUUUCAUAUAUCCCUUUGAUUGCAAUUUCGGCAUUAGGGCCGUUCAUUGCAUGGUUGUUAGCCCCUCCUGAAAGGGUCAUUCGAACAGACGGCCUGCCUGUUAAUGUUAAGAAACUAGACGGGCCAUGGCAGGAAGCAAAGCAAGUUUUUGUGACGCUGAAAAACAAAAAGAUCCUGCUUCUGCUGCCCAUGUUUGUCUACUCCCAGUGGUUUCUUUCAUACCAGGGCAACUUCAUCACUCUCUACCACUCAGUUCGCGGCACGGCCUUGGGUGCGCAUAUACAGCAAUACACAUCCAAGCGGACUGGAUUGGACCAUGCCGGAAUACUGGCUCAGUGUAUCUCUAUACAUAUAUUGGCCUGUUAUAUGUACUUUGUUGUUGGAACUCUGUCCGACCAGGUUGAAGAGUUGGCGCGAUACACGAGUAUCAUGAAGACUAUCAAUACCGCAGGUAUUGCACUUGGGUAUGGCGUCCAAGUGAAAUGGAGUAUGAUGGGUGCCGAAGCCUUGCUGUGCGGACUAUUCUUUAUCCAAAUAUUCCCGGCAUGGUGUGUGAUUAGGGACAUUGCAGACUAUGAAGAUUUGGUAGUCGAUGAAGAUCCCCUGCCACCUGCUGCAGAAACUACUAAAGUUGCUAGUUCAAGUGAUUAG